ACUUAAUUGUAACCACACAUCUUCAAGUGUCGAACACGUACACUAUUAAUUUAGCCUCGCAACCUUGAAGUUUCGAAGACAGUCCAAAACUGAAGUUUUGAGGAACAAGGGAAGAUGAAGCAAAAGGUGGUUCUUAAUGUGUCUGUCAAUGGAUGUCAGCCUCGUCCCAGUCUGAAGAAGUUUGUUUUAGGUUGUUUGGUACCUUUCCUGGUUCAAGAAGCUGCUACAUGCAAAAAUAAAGUCAUGUCCAUUGCAACAACUUUAUCAGGGGUGGAGAAAGUAAGUAUAGAAGUAGAAAAGAACGAGCUGACAGUGAUUGGAGAGGGAAUAGAUCCAGUAAAGCUGGUGAACAUACUUAGGAAAAAGGUGGGAUAUGCUAAGAUGGUGAGCGUUGGUCCUGAAAAGAAAGAAGAAAAACCUGCUGAAGAAACAGUGCAGCCAGUUCUAACAGUGCCUCAUGUGGUCUGUUGUAAUAAUAGUAAUCGAGUACCCCACAUGGUUGAAAUGUGGGAAGUUGAUCCUUACUACUCUAACACCUCCUGCCUUCCAUUUCGGUGAAAGAAUUAUUAUUGAGAUUGAUUACUUAUAAGCAAAUU